AUGUUGAGAUUUCUUUAUAUUAUAUUUUUUCUAUCGAUACCUAAUGGUUUACAAUCAUUUUUCUAUGAUACAGAUGCAUUUGGGUUGGACUGUUUGCAUUAUUUUUCAUCUAAAUCAUCCUUUUCUGGAAUAGUUAAAUAUUGUAUUCGUCCAAAUAACGACAAGAAUUUGACUGGAAUCCAUUUUUUUAAUAUAUCAGAUCAAUAUUUAACUUUCAAUGAAUUAUAUCAUCAGAAUGUUACUUCAUAUGAUAUUCUUCUAUGGUCGUCAUCGAUUGAUGUUGCUGAACAAUAUCAGUACUAUCUCGAUCAACCAUUUCAAUCUAAUUUAUCGCAUGAAGUUUUUUUUAAUUGUACACGUCCAUGGUUUGGAUCUCGAUGUCAAUAUUCAUUGAAAAUAAAUGAAGAUGUAUUAGUCCGAAAUCCAUGCGAAAUGACUUCAACAGAUAAUCUAUUUCAACAAACGUGUUACAUUCUUUUAGAAUGUGAUCGUGGUGGUCCAUUGAUUUGUCUUGAUUGGCGAGAGAUAUGCAAUGGUCGAAUCGAUUGUCUAAAUGGUGGUAUUGAUGAAACUGGAUGUUUUAAUUUAGAAAUAAAUGAAUGUAGUGAGGAUGAAUACCGAUGUCAUAAUGGAUUAUGUAUUCCAAAAAUCUUUUUGGAAAUGGAAUAUGUGGAACCGCAAUGUUUUGAUGGAUCGGAUGGAAUUGUUAAGGCCAAUCAUCCUCUGGGAUCUCAUUAUCGAUCACAUCUAUUUGAAUGUCAAGAAUAUGUAUGUCGACCUGACGAAGGUCAAUUUACGUGUGGUGAUGGACAAUGUGUAGAAGAUUUUGGUCAAUGUAAAAAUAAUCGACAUUUAGUAUUGAUUCAAUCAAUUAGUAUUCAAGGAAAUUUAUCCUAUUCAUGUUGGAUACUUCUCGUUUGUCUUAGCAAAAUCACAAACAAAAUCGAAAAUAUAACAUGUGAUCAGUUCAUGCAAUCUUCUAAAAUCAUUGAAGAAUUUAAAAAUUGUACGUUUCCUCUUGAAUUUCCUGUUAUUCCUGUGCUCUUUGGUCACGUACGAUUUUUAUAUGAUCCAAAAGAAAUUGACAAUAUCAACACAACAUCAGCCCUUAAACCUGAUUAUGUUUGUUAUGAUGAGCAAUUAUGUGAUU